AUGGCCGCAGAGAGCAAAGUGGAGCAGUUCACCCUGCAGCGCAAGGUGGCAGUGGCAGGCGUCAUUCUACUGACGUGUACGACAGCCUUGGAUGUGGCUCGGCGAUGGCGUAAAAAAGGGCAACAGCUCCCUUCUCCUCCAGGCUAUUGGCCCGUCCUCGGGCAUUUCGUGACCUGCAUGCGAUAUUGCUGGGAUAACACCAGCCUCGCCCUUGCUCGAUGGGGAGUGGAUCUGUACCGAACCGAAGGACUGACCAUUUAUCGAGCGAACUUUCUGGGCCACGAGAUUGUUUGCAUCGCCGACCCCGAUUUGGUGCAGGAGGUUUUUGAACAAGAUCCACACAGGUUCACCAAAGACUUCGCGAACGCACCGCUCGGUGGCGAUCUGUUAGAGUAUUCCUUCAAAGAUGGUCUCUUUACGGCCGCUACGGACGAUCCCAAGUGGCAAGUGGCGCACAGAGUUCUCAUCCAGCCCUUUUCCGUGCUAGGUGUUCGUGGAAUUAUGCCCCUGAUGUGCGAUCAAGCUGACCAGUUGAUCAAGGCCAUGAAGCGUGACGUUGGCUACGGAAAUUCCACGUACAUUGACACCUGGGUCACCAAGAUGGCUUUUGAGACGAUCGCCGUGUGUGGCCUGGGAACGUCCUUUGGUUGCUUUGAAGAUGACCAGACGCAUCCCUUCGUGACAGCUCUCAACCAGGUGGUGGAGUCAUUGGAUCCCUUGGGACGUUGGCCAUCCUUUCUGCGGCCCAUCUUCUGUCGGAAACUGCUGAAGUCCUACAUUGAGAGCGCCGGCCGUUUGCGCCAGACUUGCUUGGAGAUUCUUCGCAAGCGAAAGAGUGAAGAGCAGAAGGAUCUAAACAAGGAUCUUUUGGACAGGAUGUUGUUGGACGCUGAUCCCAAGACAGGACAGACCAUGUGCGAAGACUCCAUCGUUGACAAUCUCCUGACCUUCCUUUUCGCCGGUCAGGACUCCACGGCCGCGGCGAUGGCUUCAUGUCUUUGCUUCCUCUGCUCCAACCCUGGCUGCAAGGAGCGGUUGCUACGCGAGAUCGACGAGGUGGUGGGAGAUGAAGCAGUGAGCUAUGAACAUUUGAGCCAACUCCAGUACUUGGACUGGUGCAUUAAAGAAACGCUGCGUUUGAUGCCACCGGCCGCGGGUGCAUUGCGGGACUCCACCUGUGAGCAGGUCCUGGGGGGUUGGCACAUUCCCGCCAAGGCAGCGAUCGUGGUGAACACCAUGACAUUGCACUAUCGAGCAGAUCUCUGGGGAGCAGAUGUGGACCAGUUCAAACCUGAGCGAUGGGAGCAUCUGGGCGACCAAGGGAGCCAAGGGAGGAAAGGCCUGCCUCAUAAGUUUGCGUUUAUGCCGUUCUCGCACGGACCUCGCGCUUGCAUUGGUCGAGAGUUUACCUUGCUUGAGCAGAAGGUGACUCUGGUGAAGUUCUUCCAGAACUUUGAUAUCGAACAAGCGCCUGCGGAAGAGACGGCUGGAUACGCAACUUUGAAAGCAGAUGGUCGAAGUCCACCUUUCCUGAAGUUCGAUACGCAACUUGUCGACAGCGCCUUCUUGGGCCUCUAUACCAACUUCAAACUUCUCCCACGAUGCUGUGGCAAGUCAUUGAGCAUUGAGUUGUGGAAAACGGGCGCGAAAGGGUCGUUGCAAAGUGGCCUUUUGGGUACAAAAACUGCCGGCUUGGCGGUGCAGAAGGUCAACUUCCGUGACGACAUUUAUAUUUAA